AUGNAAGCUGGUGUUUUUGUUGCUGGAGAUGAUUUCAAAACAGGAUAAACUAAAUUUAAGACUUGUUUAGUAGAAUAUUUAGUAGGUGCUGGUAUUAAACCAAAAGCCAUCAUUUCAUAUAAUCAUUUAGGAAACAAUGAUGGAAAGAAUCUUUCAUAAGAAUCAUGUUUCAAAAGCAAAGAAAGAAGUAAGAAAACUUGUGUUGAUGAUAUUUUGGAAUCUAAUAAAGUAUUAUAUCCAACAGAAGAAGAAUUGAAUAUUGAUCAUACUAUUGUUAUUAAGUAUUGUCCUGAAACUGGAGAUAGUAAAAAGGCUAUGGAUGAAUAUAUUGCUGAAAUCUUUUUGGGAGGAAGAUAAACAUUUGCAGUUUACAAUGUUUGUGAAGAUUCCUUAUUGGCUGCUCCAUUAAUUAUGGAUCUAUUAUUGUUAUGUGAAUUAUUUGAAAGAAUUCAAUUCUCAAAGGAUUCCUCUGAAUUCUAAAGAUUUGAUACAGUAUUGUCUUGGUUGAGUUAUUUGAUGAAAGCUCCAAAAUCAGAGAGUGGAAUCACUACUAUCAAUGCUUUAUCAAGAUAAAGAGCUAUGCUUGAGAAUUUAGUAAAAGUAUGUGCAGGAUUGACAGUUGAUGACAACCUUAGAUUAGAAGUUAGAUAUGGUGCUAGUAGAUUUUAAUAAUGAUUUUUUAACUAAUUUUUUGUUUAUAUCAGUUAAUCAAAU